AACAGAAGAACAGGCAUGAAGAGACAAAGAACUCUCAGGCUCACUGAGAGAUGGCCCUGAACCUAGCCGCUGAUGAGUCUGCACUCAGCCGCUACAUAUUGUCAGCUGGGUGAAUCCACAAUUUCUUCAGUUUUUCUCCCUGGACCCCAGAUGCCAACCUCACCAAGAAGCCAAGCCUCACAGGGAACAGUGGGAAAGAGCCUCAAACAGUGGGUCCCCUCGCAUUCGGACAUUUACGGUACCCAUAACGCGUGGCCGCCUCGGGACCCGCCUGGGGCGUGGGCCCCGCCCCCCGGAUCUUUGCGCACGCGCGUACGUGGAUCAGAGCGAGGCAGGGACUGGUCUUGGCCGGAGCCGGCGUCAGGCAGGGGUGGCGCGAUGAGCGGUUGGAUGGCGGGGGGCCGAGCGCAGCGGGCUGCGGCCCUCGGCCUAGCGCUGCGGGUACUGCUCAGCUUCGGGCUGGGCCUGGAGGCCGCCCCGACCUCGAUCCCGGCAUGGUCCUUGACCCAGGCCCCAGGCCCCAGCGCAGCCUCGUGCCCGCCCACCAACUUCCAGUGCAGGAGUGAUGGCCUAUGCGUGCCCCUCACCUGGCGCUGCGACGUUGACAAGGACUGCCUUGAUGGCAGUGACGAGGAGGAGUGCAGUACUGAGCCGUGUGCCCAGGAUGGGCAGUGCAAGCCACCCACUGGCAGCCCCUGCUCUUGUGACAGCAUCGAUGACUGCCCUGAUGGCAUCAACAAGAAUGUUCUCAACUGCGGGCACCAGCCCUGCCCGGAGGGAGAGCUGCGCUGCCCGCUGGGUGGUUCCUGUAUCCCACGCACGUGGCUCUGCGAUGGCCACCCGGACUGUUCCGACUCCAGCGAUGAGCUUGGCUGUGGAACCAAGACCCUCCAAGAAGGGAGUGCCACGUCCAUGGGGACCCCUGUGACCCUGGAGAGUGUCACUUAUCUCAGGAAUGCCACAGUCACCUCUGUCGGGGACCGGGACUCAGUUCAGUCUGGAAACCGAAGUGCCUAUGGGAUCAUUGCAGCUGCUGUGGUGCUAAGUGUAGGUCUGGCCGCCGCCAUCCUCUUCAUGUGGUCACGGCUCUGUGCCCAGGGACGCCUGUCCCCGCUGGGGCUGCUGGUGUCUGUGAAGGGGUCUCUGCAGUCAGAGAGGACGGCCUCAGUUCUCUGAGGAUGAUUUCUUGCUGCCACGUCACACGGUCCCGAGUAUGGCAGGUAUGGGGACCUGCGCGUGGCUGUUGGCACACCAGCCCCCAGACCUGGGUUCUUCUGGCCACGUGGCGCCAAGUACCUGAGCUCCUGCAGAUGUGAUCGUGGAGGCUGGGAGUGUCCAGACCCUCCCCUGGACUCGAGGAGCCUGGAUGGGGAACGUGCCACAGCCAGAACCGUGGGGCUGGCCCUAGGUCGUUCCCGGGGUGGCCCCCCUGCUCAGAUAUCCGGGGAACGUGCCACAGCCAGAACCGAGGGGCUGGCCCUAGGUCAUUCCCGGGCUGGCCCCCCUGCUCAGAUACUACUGUUGCCCCCUCCUGAGGGUGGUGAUUAAAGUUACUUCACGUCUUC